AUGGCACUCCUUCAGACUUCCCUCAUCUGGGCUGUGUAUGGGGUCGUGGUAGCUAUUCUACUGGCAGUGGCGUCUGUGUUUAUCUAUGUCUACCAAACCCCCCGCGACCGCUCUUCUUCGGUCACUCUGACUUGUAUCAUCUCGAUUACUAGUCUUCUCGCAACGGUACUCUUGCUGCCUGUCGAUGUUGCUUUGGUGUCUUCGACUACGUCAUCCAAAUUAGGCCAGCGAAAGGACUGGGCAACACAGGAUGUGGUGGACAGAAUCACUUAUUCCUUGACCAUCAUCUAUUACCUUCUCUACUCCUUGGAUGCCUUGCUCUGUCUUCUGGUCAUUCCCUUCACAUAUUUCUUGUAUGAGGAAUAUGAUGAGGUCGCGACCGAGGAGGGGGACCAAACUUUGGGCCAACGGAUUUGGGGUGCCCUUAAAUACACGCUCUCAUUCGUUGCAGUCGUCGUGACCUUGUUCCUAGUUGGUUUCUUCGUCCCAGUGUCACGGGGGAAGAAUGACAUGGAUCUGGGUUACUUCAGGCGCUUACUGACUGAAAACCAUGGCGAGCGUGCUCUCACUUUUGCUCUUGGUCUGUUGAUGACAAUUGGGCUCUGUCUUUAUGUCUUAUACACAUCCGUGGGGCUGGCCCUUCUUCCGAUAAGCUUGAUGAAGACUGCACCAUCCAUCUCUAGUGCUACCUUGCGAGCGAGCACUGCACAACAACUCGAGGUAAACCAAGAGCGACAACGGCAGCUCGAGGGACGAUGUGCCGGAGAUCCCGAGCUUCUGUCCUCCAAGGACCGCCGAGAACUUGAUACACUGGUGCGGGAAGAGAGGACCCUGAUUCGGCGCCAACGUCUAGCCGAAGAAUCCCAAGGCGGAGGCCGCAGCUGGUUGAUAAGGGCAUGGUACAAACUCGGGGCAGUGUUCCGUCCUUUCAAGCUCCUUGGAGGCAUCUUGCUACUAUUCAUUGCUUUCCUCACUUGGGUAUCCAUGCUCUUGACGGCAAUUGACAAAGCAAAGAACUCGAUUUGCAAGCAUCGUUGUGGAUAUAUCCUCGCACGUGUGAACAUCUUUAACCCAGUCAACUGGGCACUUGUUAAAUCCGCCAGGUUCUUCCCCAUUGACUACGGUAUCUUUACCGCACUUGUAUUACUGUUUUUCUGCAGUUCUGUGGUUGGAAUUGCUGUGAUCGGAAUCCGCUUCCUAUGGAUUAGGAUUUUCCAAAUCAGACACGGCCACACAUCUCCCCAGGCUCUACUCUUAGCCACCGCCAUGUUGAUGCUGAUCAUUCUAGCACUGAAUUAUUCCAUUUCGAUGGUAGUCGCCCCCCAGUAUGCCACGUUUGGCCCACAGACAUUCUGUGAUCGGGCCCCGGGGACUUUCAUCGGAAAGCCAGAUUGCUCAAACAGCAAAGAACUUAUCAAGCCAUGCUCAGAGUUGGCAAAGAAUCCUGCUGCGCAGCAAGUCUGCACACCCAGUGUCGUGAGCACCUUCUUGAACCGGGUCACCCUGAACUACCCAUUCUUUGGAGUGGUGUUCUUUUGGGCUCAGUUCUUCUUCCUAGGCUUAUAUCUGAUCGUCGUUGUUACUUCCCUUCUCCGUUCACCUCGGUUGGACGAAGCCCAACUCGAUGGAGAUGCAGAGGAAGCCGAGGAGGAAGGUUUAUUGGCCAAUACCGGCAGACGGUUCAAUGCCAGCUGGCAAGAUAUAACAGGGAGAGCUGCCCGGAGUGAACGUUCUCGGGGAUAA